AAAUAUGCAUCUUCUUUCCUUUGAUAGUUCUCCGGUCCCUGGAUGGCUUGGAUUUACCCAUGAACCAAAAAAAUGAGUGUCCUUAGGAUGGUUGAAAAGGUUUGCAAGGAUCAUCAGAUGCUUGUUGACAUAUUUGUGAACUAUGACUGCGAUCUUGAGGCACUGAACUUGUUUGAGCGGAUGAAUAUCUCAAGGGAUGCAAAAUGCAGAUCCAAUAUGGCUGUUGCGUCCCAGACUACUUCAAUAAAUGGUUCGUCUCUUCUGUGUCUUGUGAAUGUGCUUAAAUCACUCGUAGAUUGGGAAAAGUCAUGUGGAGAAUCAGAUAGAAUAAAAACAUUCAGUCUUUGGAAGGAGAUGCUUCAACUAAAGAGUGUUGAUGUGAAAAGCAGGCAAGAUGCAACCAUUAACUUUGAGAAGGCAAAAGCUCAUAAGUCUACAGUGGAAUCUGCCAUAUUUGAGGUGGAAUAAAGUGAUGUUGUAUUACUAAUACUUUUGUAUCUCAAGUGCAUUUUUAUAAAUGGAAUAAAGAGAGAAAACACCAUAAUUUUGUUGGUGGUUAUAUACUUUUUUGUUUGACGUACAAUGAAUGUAAUGCAGUUGUUAGAACAUA